CACUCGCUUUUUUCACCCUCACGAGCUUGGUGCUCUUCCUGAAGUCCACAGAGAAACGAAAAAGAGGAGAAAAGAGGGGCGAAAUGGCGGUGAAUGGGGCUGACGUGGAGGUGGUCGAUUUCGAGCCCGACGAGGACGAUCUAAUGGACGAGGACGCCGGCGCUGACGUGGACGCCGGCUCAACCGUCCCCAGGCUGAGAUCCGCCAUCGCUCCCGCCGCCGGCGAUCUCUCCGGUGGGCCCAAGAAGACGAAAGGGAGGGGUUUUAGAGACGAAGCCACCGCCGAUCGAAGCAGUCGCUUGGCGGGAAAAGACUUCGAUUCCCUCGAUUCCGAUGGAGGCCCCGGCCCCCUUCGAUCCAUAGAAGGAUGGAUUGUUCUAGUCACUGGAGUUCAUGAAGAGGCACAAGAAGAUGAUCUCCACAACGCCUUCCGUGAAUUUGGGCAGAUAAAAAAUCUGCACUUAAAUCUGGACCGUCGCACUGGAUUUGUUAAGGGAUAUGCACUGAUUGAAUAUGAGAGCUACAAUGAAGCACAUGAUGCAAUUCAAGCACUUAAUGGGUCUGAGCUUCUUACUCAAACCAUUUAUGUUGACUGGGCAUUCAGCAAUGGGCCUUUCAAGCGUAGAAACAUGCGAAGGAGAUCCCCACGUGCACACCGUUCAAGGAGUCCACCAAGGAGGAGAUACUGAGAAUUCUUGAUACAUUUUGUCAGAGGUGGUGAUCAGUGUGUUUACAUGAUUUGCUCGACUCCUCGCAAUGCCUUUGAGAUGAAUGGUUUCAUAUGAGUAUAUAUUUGGUUACCUCAGUUAUUGUCUGCUGAUGUAUCUUUCAACUCAUGGUGUUUAUUAUCCAGACUUGUUUAUCUAUCAGAUGAUUUUGCACUUUGCGACCGCUGUAUGGUUUGAGGAGUUGUACUAAUGACAUGCUUUUCGAGAAGAAUGCUAGUUUUUUUUACCGUUAACAUUGUGUGUCAACAACAUUACCUGUUAACUACUUUUCUAUGCUGUGUU